ACCAGCCACAGCCCAUGGGGUUCCAGCGAUCGACCAAGGGCACCUGUGAUGAAAGGGAGAAAGGCGCAACGACAACGAUUGGCUUUGAUCGCUGCACUGGUUUGUGCAGUGCUUCUGUCUGACCGGGAGCGGCAAGCGGUAACCAUUGACAGGACCUUUAUGGCGGCCAACUACGUGGGUGACGCGAGUUUCGCCUUCACCGGGAGCUUGGCCGCUGGCUUGGCGGGGAUGGACUUGCUGGGCUGCAACCUGGUGGGUUUCAUCACGGCCUUGGGCGGUGGAACCAUCAGGGAUAUCAUGCUGGGCCGCACGCCCAUUUUCUGGACGACGAUGUACGAUGAAGCGCUUCUUUGCAUUGUCAUUUCCACUGGGGCAUUCUUUGGCUUGCCUUAUUUGGCAAACAGAUUCGGCAUCACUGCGGAAGGAGAGUUUGUCUUUUGGACCGACACUGUGGGCUUAGCAGCCUUCGCGGUUCUUGGUGCGCGUGUGGCAGCGUGCCUGCCUGACCAUCAUGUGCACGCAGGUGCCUGUGCUCUCUGCGGCUUGAGCACGGCUUGUUUUGGAGGUCUCGUGCGGGAUAUUUUGUGUCAGAAACCGCCCCGGAUCCUCUAUGCAGAGCAUGAGAUGUAUGCCACUCCUGCCUUGCUGGGGGCCUUGGUUUGCGUUUGGUUGCUGCGAAGCGGUGGUGCCGCUUGGCCUUGGAUAUUCCUAUCGUUUUCCAUGGGUUUUCCCAUGGUUGGAGAGAGCACUUCACAGCAGAUCUCCUUACGCGUUCUUUAUCAAACCUUGAGAUUUCCCACAAUUUGGGGUCGAAAACAUCCAAAAACACUUCCCAGGAGAGGCCCCUCGAUGUGGAGGGCAUGCUCUUGGGUGCCUGGGUGGUCAUCGAGCUGCGCGUCUUAGCCCUGAACCAUGGCCUUCGCCUGCCUUCCUUCCCUCCAGAGGUGGCAGCCCAAACGGCUCGGUCCUUUGAGUCAGAGCUGGAGUCAGCACAGGGGCUGCUGAGCCCAAGGCCACCCAUGGCUUCGUAGUGGGCAAAUUGGGCUGCGGUGAAAACAGCUGAGCCUGGUGAAAUCUGAAGUUUGGCGACGCCGGUGAAGCUGACGAUGUCACGACCACCGAUACCUCCCGUCUGAAAUAUUCUUCAAAAUGACGCGGGUCCCAAAACUGUGCAAUCUCUGUACUACGCUCUUAUUCAAUUUUGCAAUUUUCCUGCCAAAUCUGGAUCUAGCCUUUUCAGCCUUCUCGGAUGCCGGCUGUCAUGGACACUUGGGUACGGCCCAUUGAUACCGAUUGGGAGCUGCAAACUGGUCCAGCGAACCACUGGAAUCACUUCUGCCACCCACAAGGAUGCUGCCAAGAGCGUGAUGGCAAAGCAGGGGCAGUGGCCCGUGACAUGCUGGAACACCACCAAGGCGCCAGGCAUACAGAGACAUCUACAGAGCACUCCAGAGAGGGAGAAAUGGGUGAAAAA